AUGUCAGGCUCGGUCAUUAUCACAGGAGCAACCGGCUCUCUUGCUCUCGAGGCUGUACAGCAGCUUCUAUCCCAUCCGUCUCUCACCAUUGUCGGCACUGUUCGAAAUGCGGCGAGUUCUCCCAAAAGCGCACAUCUGACUCGCCUGGAGCAAAUCGCUGGUCAACAUCCUGCCGGCAAGCUUCUGAUCAAAAGUGUGGAUUUGAAUUCCCUUUCAGAAGUUCGGGCUUUCACAGAGGAGAUCGCGGGCUUGAUUGAAUCAAAACAGCUUCCUCCAAUUUGUGCAAUCAUCUGCAACGCAUUCACCUGGUCUUUGGAUGGUCAGCGCUUUUCGAACGAUCAGUAUGAAUCUACAUUUCAGGUCAACCAUCUUGCACACUUCUCCCUCGUUCUCAGACUUCUUCGGAAUGUGGAUCGCGAAUCGGGUCGAGUUGUCAUGCUGAGCUCUGAGGUUCACGAUCCCGAAGUUCGUAUCCCACUCUCCAAGCUGGGUGCGGAGCUUCCUUCGGAUGAUAACCUCGAGCUAUUGGUCAAGCCUGGUCCCGAAGAGACUGGGACCGAGCAUGACAUGGGCUGGCGCAGAUACGCGAAUAGCAAGCUGGCUAACGUCAUGCUCAUGCAGAGCUUGAAUCAGCGACUCCAACAGGAUCCGAUGCUUAACAGAAUCACAGUGACCGCCAUGGACCCAGGUGGUCUCGUCGACUCCCGAGCUCAUACCUCUCAACGUGGAAUUGUGCGAAUCGCGUUCAAGCUGUUUGCGAUCUCGCUUCCGAUUAUCAAUAUUUUUAGCUACAAGCUUCGCUCCAAUGCAGACUCAGCCCGUGACCUCGUCGCGCUGGCUAUCGACCCGAAAUACUCUUUGGUGAGAGGCCACUUUGACGGACAGACGCCAAACGCUGCCGCUCGGAUCAGUGAGAAUGAGGAGAAACGCGAAGCUAUAUGGAAUGCCUGCUGGGACUGGACUGGGAUGAACGAAGACGAGACCUGUGUUCCAAAACGGUGCGCAUGA